CUUUUCCGCAUCAGACUCGGUUAAUCAACCCCACGAUAUGACAAUCCCACGUUCAGUCGUCUCAGUCACUAUAUCGCAAUUCGACUGCUCUCGCCUGACUGUAGGUUUCGGUUGCUGCUGUGUUGUGUAGGUAGCUAACAAAAACACCAAAUCAUGCCCGGCGAGACAGCCGUUAGAAUUAUGUCUUUAUCGUGAAUGUAGGCAGUUAACAUCCUUUUAAACUCGUGUCCGGACCUACAGCGUCUCCAGCCGUGUGGCGGGACCUUUAGCUGAGCUCUGCGGGGUGCUGAUCCGAGGCCUGGUCGCAAACACAACCGCUCGCAAAGUCUCCUAUAACUGUCCGGGAUUUCAUGUUGAAGUCAUCCGGUCUCUGGUUGGAAUUCAGAGUUUCCCCGUCGGAAGAUGGACACUGAUAAAUUCAACUAUGUUUACAGCUGUGAUAUGGACAUCAAUGUUCAACUUAAGAUAGGCAGUUUAGAAGGAAAGCGAGAGCAGAAGAGCUACAAAGCGCUGCUCGAAGACCCGAUGCUGCGCUUCUCUGGGCUCUACCAGGAGAACUGCUCAGACCUCUAUGUAACCUGUCAGGUGUUUGCUGAAGGAAAGCCUCUGGCCCUUCCUGUUCGCACCUCGUACAAAGCAUUCAGCACACGCUGGAACUGGAACGAGUGGCUGCGGUUGCCAGUCAAGUACCCCGACCUUCCCCAAAGUGCCCAGGUUGCUCUCACAGUGUGGGACAUUUAUGGGCCCGGCAGAGCCGUUCCAGUCGGUGGAACCACCGUGACUCUGUUUGGCAAAUAUGGCAUGUUCCGGCAAGGGAUGCAUGACCUGAAGGUUUGGCCAGGCGUGGAAGGGGAUGGAGGAGAGCCCACAACCACACCGGGACGCACCAGCAGCAGCCUGGCAGAGGACCAGAUGGGCAGGCUCGCCAAGGGCCCUGACCUGGAGGUACUCAGUGAUCUGACAAAGGCUCAUCGGCAGGGCCACAUGGUGAAGGUGGACUGGCUGGACCGGCUGACCUUCAGAGAGAUUGAGAUGAUCAAUGAAAGUGAGAAGCGCAGCUCCAACUUUAUGUACCUCAUGGUGGAGUUUCCUCGUGUCAAAUCAAAUGACAAGGAGUACAGCAUCGUCUAUUAUGAAAAGGAUGGAGACGAUGCAUCACCAGUUCUUACCAGCUGCGACAUUGUCAAAGUUCCCGACCCACAGAUGGGGAUGGAAAACCUGGUAGAGAGCAAGCAUCACAAACUGGCUCGUAGCCUUCGCAGUGGGCCCUCAGAUCAUGACCUGAAGCCUAAUGCUGCCACACGUGACCAGCUCAAUAUCAUCGUUAGCUACCCUCCAACCAAGCAGCUGAGCUCUGAAGAGCAGGAUCUGGUGUGGAAGUUCAGAUACUACCUCACCACACAGGAAAAGGCCCUGACAAAGUUCCUCAAGUGUGUGAACUGGGAUCUGCCCCAGGAGGCCAAGCAGGCUCUGGAGUUGCUGGGAAAGUGGAAGCCCAUGGAUGUGGAGGACUCUCUGGAGCUGCUGUCAUCCCAUUUCACCAACCCCACAGUGAGACGCUAUGCGGUGGCUCGGCUGCAGCAGGCUGAUGAUGAGGACCUGCUGAUGUACCUGCUUCAGCUGGUGCAGGCGCUCAAGUAUGAGAACUUCAGUGAUAUUCAGGGUGGUUUAGAUCCAGGCAGCAAGAGAGAUAGCCAGGGACUUUCAGAUGACGCUGCAUUGGACAGUUCCCAAAUUCUUUCUGGCUCAUCUGGAUCAUCCACUACGCCACAGAAGGGAAAGGAGGGAGCUGACAGUGAGAAUCUAGAGCAAGACCUUUGCACGUUCCUGAUCUCUCGUGCUUGCAAGAACUCUACACUUGCCAACUAUUUGUACUGGUAUGUGAUUGUGGAGUGUGAAGAUCAGGACACACAGCAGAGAGAUCCAAAGACCCACGAGAUGUACCUGAACGUCAUGAGGAGGUUCAGUCAGGCUUUGCUAAAGGGUGAUAAGACCGUGAGGGUGAUGCGGUCGCUCUUGGCUGCCCAGCAGACGUUUGUAGACAGACUGGUGCAGCUGAUGAAGGCUGUCCAACGGGAGAGCGGAAACCGCAAGAAGAAGACAGAGCGACUUCAGGCCCUGCUGGCUGACAACGAGAAGGUGAACCUGUCAGAGAUCGAGGCGAUUCCGCUUCCUCUGGAGCCUCAAAUCAGGAUCAAAGGCAUCAUCCCAGAGACAGCCACACUCUUCAAGAGUGCUCUGAUGCCCGCCAAACUGAUCUUCAAGGCUGAGGAUGGAGCCACAUAUCCAGUCAUCUUCAAACACGGAGACGACCUGAGACAAGAUCAGCUCAUCCUGCAGAUCAUCUCGCUCAUGGACAAACUGUUAAGAAAAGAGAAUUUGGACCUGAAGCUGACACCCUAUAAAGUUCUGGCCACAAGCACCAAGCACGGUUUUAUGCAGUUUGUCCAGUCGGUUCCUGUCGCUGAAGUUCUGGCUACUGAAGGCAACAUCCAGAGCUUCUUUAGGAAGCACGCGCCAAGUGAAAAAGGGCCGUACGGCAUCAGCUCAGAGGUGAUGGAUACCUACGUCAAGAGCUGCGCUGGUUACUGUGUCAUCACGUACAUCCUGGGAGUGGGAGACAGACACCUGGACAACCUGCUGCUGACAAAGACCGGGAAGCUCUUCCACAUAGACUUCGGCUACAUCCUUGGCCGAGACCCCAAACCGCUGCCUCCGCCCAUGAAGCUGAGCAAAGAGAUGGUGGAGGGUAUGGGAGGCAUGCAGAGCGAACAGUACCAGGAGUUCAGGAAGCAGUGCUACACCGCCUUUCUUCAUCUUAGGAGGUACUCCAACCUGAUCCUGAACCUGUUCUCUCUCAUGGUGGAUGCCAAUAUUCCUGACAUCGCUCUUGAGCCUGACAAAACUGUUAAGAAGGUGCAGGAUAAGUUCAGACUGGACCUGUCGGACGAGGAGGCGGUUCACUACAUGCAGAGUCUGAUUGAUGAGAGCGUCGGAGCUUUGUUCGCUGCUGUCGUCGAGCAGAUACACAAAUUUGCACAGUAUUGGCGCAGAUGAACAGAGGAGAGAGGCUGAACUGGACUGAACUUGAGCAGCAGGAUCAAACGGCUCCGAGCCGACCGACGCCGUCUGCGUGGGUGCACGUGUGAGUGGGAGAAGAUGAAAGGAACCCAGUGACACUGUUAAAAAGGCCAAGAUUGCACUGCCAACCUUUACUGCAAGACGAGGACGCUGACGUCUUUUAUUUGCUUAUGUAUAUAUCGUGUAUAUUAAAUACUGAACGAAUGAUUGAAAUCUAAUGUAUGGCCAAAUAAAAGACUGUUGUUACAACUAAACGACUAUUUGGAUGGUCUGUGUAUUUUUUC